AUGACCCAGUCGAUACAUUUGUUGGACAGGUCGGUCUACAGCAAGCUGCAGUCCCAGCAGUACAACGUAUCCCUGACCUCAGCGGUUAGAGAGCUCUUACAAAAUUCAGUAGACGCCGGCGCCAGCGAAGUUCAGGUUGUCAUCGAUUUCUCCAGCUGGAAAUUCAGUGUUAGGGAUAACGGAAGUGGAAUCUCCUGUAGAGACUUGGAUCAUUUAGGGUGUCCCAAUUUUACCUCCAAGAUAGCGUCCCUAGAUGAUUUGCCAUCGUUGCGGACAUACGGUUUCAGGGGAGAAGCGAUUCAUUUUAUCAGCAAAGUAAGUAACCUCACAGUUACUUCCAAAGUACACGACUACAACUCCGCCUGGUUACGACGUAUCCCCGGGACUGCUGCAGUAAUGUUCGAACCAUCCGUGCAUGACGUAUGCGAAGAUGACAACUUUAAAAUAAAGCCCUUCAGGAAGGAAGAAAGUGGCACUCUGGUGCUGGUGGAAGAUAUGUUGUAUAAUCUACCAGUAAGGAAAGAAUACUUAUCAACAGAACCACUCUUUAGGCAGAUCUUGACCUUGAAGAGUGAUGUACUUCAAAUCCUGAUAAAACACCCUUCUGUCAAGAUAACUGUCAGUCAGGUCAAGAAGGACACAACUGAGGUGAUAACAAAGCCAUUUCUACUACAGGAUAUGGAAGGUGAACCCCCCACAACGCUAUAUUCACAACUACUGCGACAUAUUUUUGGCCCAGUCAUCCCGCCCAACAUGUUUAAGAAUAUUUCAAUCGAUUUCAACGAGUUUUCUCUGAAAGGUGUAAUAUCCAAAUGCCCGGUAAAGGAUAAGAACCUGCAAUUUAUUUUCAUCAAUGGUCGAAACUACAACAACAACAAGUUUAUGAAAAAGAUCAACGAAAUAUUUAGGACGUCGUCCUUUGGCCAAAAAGCUGUCAUGGAAACAACCGUCAAAUACGUCGGAAAUCCAUACAAAUUCUACCCCACAUUUAUCAUCGAUAUAAUAUGUCCUCAAACUAUUGACGAUCUAGUGCAAGAUUUUACGAAAACAAUAUUCAAGCCCAGUCAUUUCCAAACUCUUCAAGCCUUAAUUCUGAAGGCAUUUAAAUCUUUCUUGAAAGUCCAGGGUUAUUUGACCGAAGAUCACAUUGCGACCAAAAAAGAGGGAUUUUUGAACGAUAGUCUAACUAAAGAACCACCCUCAUUUCAGUUUUGCAUCAGGGAAUCAAAGAUCAGAUAUGCUAAAAAGAGUAGUAUAACAUCUAUAACCAGCGCUCGUCAUAAAAUUUUUAAAGCAAGUCACGAAAGGGGUAGUAACGAAAUCCACUUCCCACUGGGACAGGUUGAAGAGGGGCCCGAUGAAAAUGGACAGCCUGUCACUUCUAACCAUUCCUGUUGGCUGGAUAUUCCAAGGUUUACGGAACAGAAUGAACAAGUUGAUGUAUGUAUUUCGAGAGAGCAACUGAAAGCCUCGACAGUAAUAAAUCAAGUGGAUGACAAAUUCAUUUUAUUGAAAACACCAGAGUCAGCUGAUAAUCCAGCAAGACACUCACUGAUAAUUUUAGAUCAACACGCAUGUGACGAAAGAAUCAAGUUAGAAAUCUAUUUACAAGAAUUCGUAUCCAACGUGAUAGGACAAACACUACACCUUCAAAAAAUAAAUAGCAGUUGCAUUCCCGUUAGCCCAUUGGAAUACAGUAUGUUCAAACAUUACACAAAUGAACUAAAGUUGUGGGGAGUACACUACAAGCUCAACGAUGACAAUUCAAUCGAUAUUGAAACAUUACCGGAUGUAUUGGUGGAUAAAGUCAACGGCGAUAGGAAGUUUUUAAAAAGCGGGCUAGUACAGCAUAUGAAUGACCUGAACCAAUUCACCAAACUUCCACUUUCUAAUCUCAAGAUGAAUUACGAAACACGAAAUGAUCUGACUUGGUGGAAAUAUAUAUCCAGCGUCCCUACUGUGAUUAUUGAGAUCUUCAACAGCAAAGCUUGCCGUUCAGCUAUUAUGUUUGGGGACAAAUUAUCAAAAACAGAAGCGGAGUUGCUUUUAAAACAACUGAUUAAUUGUUAUCUGCCAUUCCAAUGUGCUCAUGGAAGACCAUCUGUUGCACCUCUGGCACGUUUACAAGGAGAAGAUGAGUUCCUAACAACUCCGAAAGACACAAGUCUUGAGGACUACCAACUUUCUUAA